GUGGAGUAGCUGUCUACACAAUUCUCUCCGACUACGCGAAACAAGGCCCCGCCACAAUCCUUAGCGACCAGGUCAAAGAUACACUCAUGCUACACACUAUCGAAUGUUCGGCAUACCCCUUGUCUAGCACGUUCGAGUCUCAACAAGACUUCUUACGCGAAUGUCCCGAUUGAGGUCACUGCGUCUGUCACAAACGCUAUCUCGCAUACCUCACCAUCCAGAACCGGCGGCACCGCCAGGCCACCGGCUGCACCUAGCGAUCCUGUCAUCUAUCGAUAUUCUUGCCAGCGCACGCCCCGGUCGCUCUCCCGCCUGCUGGGCCUUGGUGGGCCGCGAUGUUGGGACGGUGGCAAUUUUACUAGCAGCGACGAACAUCUGUUUCGCCGGUGCAACACCAUAAGUCUACGGGUCAUGAUCGAGAUCGAUGUCAAAAGGGGAUGUGAAAUCAUGUGUCGCAUUCG